CGUUCCCAAUGGGUAGCUAGCUGGAGAGAAAGACUGCCAUGCAACUGAAGCCGUGAAUGCCUUGCCUGUUAGUUUAUUUAGUAGAAUUUCACACAUAGUCUAUUGUCAAAGAUUUACAUGUGUAUCACAAGACCUGGCGAUAACGUAGAAGAGGAUAACUGUUGCACUUUAAACACAGACAUGAACCACGGAAACUGAGACUGAAACAGGACUGCAAUAAGCUCUCGUGACGAGCUCUGACCCCUCCCCCUCCACCCCCCACACCAAACACUCUCCACCAUGACCCCCACAUGGCUCCUGCUGACGUCUUUCCUGUUCCUCUCCUCCUCAACCAAUCACGCGUUUCCCACCGUCCCGGCGCCGGCCCCGCCCCCGCCUGAGAUGAACACCUAUCGGGUGUCGGACACCAGCCUGACCCACCUGACCGUGCACCGGAGGACCGGCGAGGUGUUCGUGGGCGCGAUCAACCACGUUUUCAAGCUUUCGGCCAAUCUGACGGAGCUGCGCUCCCACACCACCGGACCGGUGGAAGACAACGCCCACUGCUACCCCCCGCCCAGCGUCCGCGCCUGCACCCACCGCCUGGACCCGUCCGACAACGUCAACAAGCUGCUGCUGGUGGACUACGCAGGGAACCGGCUGGUGGCGUGCGGCUCCAUCUGGCAGGGCGUGUGCCAGUUCCUGCGUCUGGAAGACCUGUUCAAGCUGGGCGAGCCGCACCACCGCAAGGAGCACUACCUGUCCGGGGCGCGCGAGGCCGACGGCAUGGCCGGCGUGGUGGUGGGGGAAGAGGACGAGCGCGGCGGGGGAGACAAGAAGAAGAAGAGGAAGGAAGGGAGCCGCCUCUUCAUCGGGGCGGCCAUCGACGGCAAGUCCGAGUACUUCCCCACGCUGUCGAGCCGCAAGCUGGUCCUCGACGAGGAGAGCGUGUCCAUGUUCAGCCUGGUCUACCAGGACGAGUUCGUCUCCUCUCAGAUCAAGAUCCCGUCGGACACGCUGUCCCUCUACCCGGCCUUCGACAUCUACUACGUGUACGGCUUCUCCAGCAGGACCUACGUGUACUUCCUCACUCUGCAGCUGGACACGCAGCUCACCCAGACCGACACCAGCGGAGAGAAGUUCUUCACCUCCAAGAUUGUCCGCAUGUGCUCCAACGACACAGAGUUCUACUCCUACGUGGAGUUCCCUCUGGGCUGCACUAAGGACGGGGUGGAGUACCGGCUGGUCCAGUCGGCCUACAAGCAGAAACCGGGCCGGCACCUGGCCCAAGCCCUGGGCCUGUCGGAGGAAGAGGACGUCCUGUUUGUGGUGUUCUCCCAGGGUCAGAAGAACCGGGCCAACCCUCCCAGGGAGACGGUUCUCUGUCUGUUCACGCUGCACCAGAUCAACCUGGCCAUGAGGGAGAGGAUCAAGUCCUGCUACAAAGGAGACGGCAAACUGUCCCUGCCCUGGCUGCUCAACAAGGAGCUGCCCUGCAUCCACACGCCCCAGCAGAUUGGAGAUGACUUCUGUGGCCUGGUGUUGAACCAGCCCCUGGGGGGGCUGCGGGUCAUCGAGGGGACCCCCCUGUACGACGACCGCAUCGACGGCAUGGGGGCCGUGGCGGCCUACACGUACGGAGACCACACUGUGGUGUUUGUGGGUACCAGGAGCGGACAUUUGAAGAAGGUGAGGCAUCAGACCCAGGGGGUUGUGGGGCUGGACUGGGAGGACUGUGGAGGCCAGGGGGCCUGA